AUGGAGAAGUUUGAGUUAUCAUUAGGCUCAGAGAAUGAGGAAAUCUGUACGCAUCCUGGUUUUGUUGAUGAAUUGUGCAUUAAAUGUCGCUUACAUGUACAAGAUGAUUCAGCCAUUCCACUUAAAUACAUUCAUAAGAAUUUGAGGAUAGCUAAAGAUGAAAUGACUCGAUUACGCGAUAAAGGUUUCGAGGAUUUGGUUUGUUUAAAGAAAAAGCUUUAUUUGGUCCUUGAUUUAGAUCACACACUACUGGAUUCGGUUAUGUUAACCAGUAUAGAAGAGGAAGAAGAACAGUUUAUCGACCAAAGAGAUUCUCUACUAGAUACUUGGAAGAGCAAUUUGUUCAUACCGGACAAGAUGGAAAGGAUGACUAAAUUGAGGCCCUUUGUGCACGUAUUCUUGGAAGAAGCUAGUAAACUAUUUGAGAUGUACAUCUAUACAACGGCUACACGUGGCUAUGCUUUGGAAAUGGCAGAAUUGAUUGAUCCUGAAAAUAAAUACUUUUGUUCAAGAAUAAUUUCACGAGAUGAUUCCACACAGGAGAAUCGAAAGAGUCUGGAUAUUGUUUUGGGGCGAGAAAGUGCAGUCCUCAUUGUUGAUGACACUAAACGGGUAUGGGAAAAUAAUCUAGAGAAUUUAAUAUGGAUAGAUGAAUAUGAAUUUUUCACCUCUGAUUAUGGUGAAAGCCUCUUUCAACGGAAAACCGAUGAAAAGGAGAGAGUUUUGGCUAAUGUUUUAAAGGUGCUCCAACAAGUACACACUUUGUUCUUUGACAAGGAACGCAAGGAUAAUAUAAAGGAGCGAGAUGUGAGACAAGGGUAUGUAAAUAAUGCAUCAAACCCGCACACCGUUGGUGAAGCAUGUGAUCAUAAAUCCGGUGGAGCUAAUGGUGAAAGCGUAGAUGCACCAGCCAAGGACGUGACGAGAGUGCGCACGAGAGAAUAA